CUUGUACGUGUGCUUGUGUGUGUGUGGCCGUACGUGGCGCAGGUCUUGAGUGUUCAGUGUGGUCAAACGUUUCUUUCCUCUGUGCACCUAGGCCUGUGAAAAGUGCACCCUCCUUAGGCCCAUCUUAUUUUGCGUAGAGGUACUGCCCUCCAUAAGUCUCUUUCGGGCGAGGUCAAUCGCUGUAAAGCCGGGUUGCGCCUGCUUUGGGAGACGUAGGAGAUGUGAAACAUGGGUUGUGUACCGCAGAGAUUUUCACACUACCAACCGGGAAGUAAGGCUGCCCUCUUUUCUGUUACUGUCGUCUGCGCUGUUAUUAUUUAUGGUCUGAUGAACAUUGCACUGUUAAACGACUCUGCAGUGCAAGUUAGGAAAACAGCUAUCCAGUACAAGGAAAAACAGUCUAUCCACGCCCCUGGACCUUGGGUUCCGCAGGAGAAGUGGGUGAAGUUUCCUGGUCGUAUGUGGCAGGGUUAUCAGCUCCCCGUGCUGACGGCCCAGCCCCUCGGACGCACGGGCAACGUAAUGGGGGAAUACGCGACUCUGUGGGCCCUGAAGCACAUCUACAAUGCUACCGUGCUCGUGACGCCACGGAUGAAGUACAAACUGUCGUGUUUCCCGUCGCUUUCUCUCCCCGACUGCCCCGGGAAGAAGCUCGAAAGGCCCCCACCGCACUUUACAGCACUUUCAAUGACUCGAAAGAAUAAUUCAGAAAAGAGUGAAGGUGUUGUCAUUUUACAUAUGGAUUUGGUGUCAGUGUCUACAUUGUCUAAUGAUCUCAUGCAGUUGAUCUGA